AUGGUCGGUUUACAUGAUAAGACGGAUAACUGGGUUACCGGGGAAAAAGAGAUGGAAAAGGUGGCGGUUGAUUAUUUCUCGGAUUUAUUUACGACUACUUCCCCAGAUGAUUUCACGGACAUACUUGAAGGUAUUCCAGCGGUGAUCACGGAAACCGAUAAUGCACUGCUAAUGCGCCCAGCGUCGGAAGAGGAAGUGCGGGCGGCUCUGUUUCUGAUGAACCCGGAGAAAGCUCCGGACCGGACGGGAUGA